AUGAGGAUCAUUGCAGGGGCUGAUGGACUUAAUCCAGUGACAAGUCUCAGGAUGCAAAAUCGGACCAAUAGCUCCAUCACGUUGACCUGGACAGCUCCCCAGGUCCCAGACCAACCACCCUACACCUACUGGGUCCAGUGGUUAAGGGAGAACAUCACAGGUGGAACCCAAAACACCUCAGAUACCAGUAUCACAGUGAAGGAACUGGAAGCUGGGACCUUGUACAACUUCACUGUCUGGGCUGAGAGGAAUGGUGUCAACAGUACAGAAGUGGCAAUUGUUGCAUCUACAGGUGAGACAUCCUAAGUCUUUUACUUGCACAUGCAGGACCGAAACACCAGCUCCAUCACGUUGACCUGGACAGCUCCCCAGGGCCCAGAACAACCACCCUACACCUACUGGGUCCAGUGGUUAAGGGAAGACAUCAUGGGUGAAACCCAAAACACCUCAGAUACCAACAUCACAGUGAAGGAACUGGAAGCUGGGACCUUGUACACCUUCACAGUGUGGGCUGAGAGGAAUGGUGCCAACAGUACAGAAGUGGCAGUUGUUGCAUCUACAGUCCCCAACACAGUGACCAGUCUCAGGAGGCAGGACCAAAACACCAGCUCCAUCACGUUGACCUGGACAGCUCCCCAGGGCCCAGAACAACCACCCUACACCUACUGGGUCCAGUGGUUAAGGGAGGACUUCAUGGGUGGAACCCAAAACACCUCAGAUACCAACAUCACAGUGAAGGAACUGGAAGCUGGGACCUUGUACAACUUCACUGUCUGGGCUGAAAGGAAUGGUGCCAACAGUACAGAAAUGGCAAUUGUUGCAUCUACAGUUCCCAAUGAGGCCACAGAUCUGCGGAACGUAACUCAGACCAGCAACUCAGUCACUUUGCGUUGGAUGCCCCCCACAGACCCUUACUCUUCACACUACAUAUAUUGGGUCCAGUGGGCCAGUGGAGGACAGCCCCAGAGGGAGAAAGAUCUCCAAAGAGAUGAGGUCAACCAGACAGGCAAGACCAAUGAGACUUGGUACAUAGUGAAGGCCCUCUCACCCGGGACUGUGUACAACUUCAGCAUAUGGGUGGAGAUGAACAAUGUAUCCAGUUCCACACAGAGCCUCCUUGCAUCCACAGCUCCUGACCCCGUUACCAUCACAUCCUGUGUCAGCACUUCAGGUGGUUAUGGGGUCAUCCUGACCUGGUCCUGCCCCUCAGGAGGCUACGAGGUCUUCGUGUUGGAGGUGGGCGGGCAGCAGGACUUCCAUGACAGGUCCUCGUGUGGGAGGAAAAUGUCCAUAUCGGGUCUCCAGCCAGCUCAGUCCUAUCAGGCCACAGUCACCACGGUGUGGGAUGGAAUGAGGGCAUCCCCUGCCUCCAUAACCUGCUACACGGAGAACGCAGGGGUCAUUGCUGGUGCCAUUGUGGGAGUCCUCUUGUUUCUCGUCCUGGUGGGCUUGCUGGUUUUCUUCCUAAAGAAGAGGAAAAAGAAACAGGAGGAUCUAGAACACAGGAAUCUGUUGAGCUACCCAGGAGACAUCCUGGCUGAAGAUUUUGCUGACCAUGUCAGGAAGAAUGAAAAGGACAGCAGCUAUGGCUUUGGAGAGGAAUACCAGCAACUGGCCCUGGUAGGACAGGACCAGCUACACACGGUGGCCUCAGCCCCAGAGAACAGCACCAAGAAUCGGUACCGAAAUGUGCUGCCUUAUGACUGGUCCCGGGUGCCCCUGAAGCCCCUCCAUGGGGAACCAGGCUCUGACUACAUCAACGCUAGCUUCAUGCCUGGUCUCUGGAGCUCCCAGGAGUUCAUUGCAGCCCAGGGCCCCCUGCCCCAGACGGUGGGUGACUUCUGGCGUCUGGUGUGGGAGCAACAGAGCCACACCCUGGUCAUGCUGACCAACUGCGUGGAGUCUGGUCGGGUGAAAUGUGAACAUUACUGGCCUCUGGAUUCUCAGCCCUGCACCCAUGGGUGCCUGCAGGUGACCCUGGUGGACGAGGAGGUGACGGAGAACUGGACCAUGAGGGACCUGAAGCUCUUCCAUCUGGAAGAGCAGAAGACUCUGGCUGUGCGUCAAUUACACUACGUGGCCUGGCCUGACCAUGGCGUCCCCGACUCCCCAGACCCUUUGCUCGCCUUCUGGAAGGUGCUGCGGAAGUGUCUGGACCAGAGGACAUGGGGAGGUCCACCCAUCGUGCACUGCAGCGCUGGCGUGGGCCGCACCGGCACCCUCAUUGCCCUGGAUGUCUUGCUGCGGCAGCUGGAGUGUGAGGGUCUCGUGGGGCCCUUCAGCUUCGUGAGGAAGAUGAGAGGGAGCCGCCCUCUGAUGGUUCAAACAGAGGCCCAGUAUGUGUUUCUGCACCAGUGCAUCCUCCAGUUCCUCCAGCAGUCAUCCCUGGCCCCAGAGGAGAAGGCGGUCACUGACAAGAACGUUCCUGAUGUGAUCUAUGAGAAUGUGGCUGCAGUCCUGGACCAGGAGUUGGAGAUCUCGGCUGCGUGA